AUGGACACCUAUUCGGACGUCUUCGACUCUGAGUAUACUCCCGAAAUUGAAAGUUUCUGUUCUCAGUUUGAUAUCGAAACGCCACUGGACGAAGAUUUCACGCUAACGAAAAAACAAGAGCGUGAUAGAUUUGCACUUCCGGUUGGUAAGGAACAAUCAACUGCAAUACAAGAAUCGCGCAUCCCUGCAAACACACGCAAGUCAACCAACUGGGGCGUCUCUGUUUGGGAUGCAUGGGGACGUGGCAGAAAUGAGCGUGUUGAAAAGUAUAAUGUUUCCAGUAGCGACUCAUUUAUUACCUUACCAAGCUUGUGCCACGAGAUACAUGCGAAAGAGCUAACCUUCUGGUUGUGUUUUUUCGUCUCAUCGUGGAGGUGCGCAGCCAAGACCGAAUUUCCGCCCAGUAGUCUCCGCGUACUGUGUAGUGCUAUACAACGAUAUCUACGCGAUGAAUGUCCACGUUCUGAUCUUCGUUUCAUGGAUACACAAUGUUUAGAAUUCAUCGAAUUCCAUAAAACGCUCGAUGGCGUUUUGAAGUAUAUUGACAAACGCGGUAUAAGUUUGCAGAAGCGACAGGCAGCAACUACUUUGAGCUAUGCUGCCUAUUUAUAUGUGUGUAAAAUAUUUGCACUAAGAGCAGUCGAUGAACAUUCGAAUCUCACAGUUGAACAGUCUGUUAAAGGGACGGACAAAGAUGGGGAAUAUAUCGAGUUUUGUGGCCGGCCAUGUGAGAACAAUCAAGGUUACGCAGCCACUUCUCUAUACGAGAAAGGCUUCGAUGAGCAACUUAUCAAAGAACGCACCGGGUACCGCUCUGAUGAUGGUCUGCGCACAUACACGCGAACCAGCACUUCACUACAGAAAACAGUGUCUGAUGCUCUGCAGCCGCCAAAUCCAGUGGUUGAACUUGGCAUCAAGGACCAAAAAGAACGCGUGUCAUCACCUCAUCGUACGCAACCAAUGGCGAUCACCAUUCAAAGUGAAUCUAGAGGUUUCUUUCAAGGCAUUUCUAUUCAAAUUCAUGGCGAUAAAAAAGUAAAUAUUGUGUAA